CAAGUUUUCUUACCUGCCUUCCUGCCUUCCUCCCCCAAGGAGAUUCGACGAAUCACCGAAAGUUGUUGUAUUGAUUUGAUUGACUGUGACAGCGGCGCUUUCGUUGAAGUAUUGUUGGUAAGAGCAAAGAAGAGAGCUUCGAGGUCUGUAAGAGCAAAGAAGAGAGCUUCGAGUCGUCCUGUCUUCCAUGUACGAAACUUUACGAAGGACGGAUCGUAACCGUGCCAAGCGAACGAGUUGCCCUCCCGUAUUGUUUACCUUUGACGUCAAUGGCGCCAACGGAGGCGCAGGUAAAUCCUCGGUGCAGCUACCUGUGCGAAAAACAAAGACCAAGCUCACAACGAAGCGAUCCGCAUGUGCUCGACGUAAAUCUUCGAGCUCCGAGAAACCCCAAAAGGUACAUUCUCCUCCAAAGUCUGAUCGUGCGGCGUCGCAUGCUCGCUCAUAUUUAAGACAACCCGUGGAAAGGCGAUGCAGUCGCAGCAGAAACCUUCUCAAAACGUACCCAUCUUUCGCCGACGCGGAGAGGAGUUGUGGCUUAUCACAUGGAAUCUUGACGAAGCAAUUUAGUUCCAACGGAGUGAGAGGAGAAGUCCGAUGUCAAGGCUACCUAUGGAUACGUUUACCCGUCACUCCCUUCAAAUGUGUGGAAGUAAUCAAUGCUGGCACUCAAAAAGUUAUUCGCACUUUGGAGACGAGAUUGAUUGCCGCAAUGGAUGCCGGCGUUUUACCGUCCACCAUCUCCGCCUGGAUCAAGUCUGGUAAAGAAGUGAAUGGCAAAAUUUAUCGUUACGUUGAUCAGGUACAGACACCCAACGAAUCUACAACCGAGCUUUUCCCACAUACAGAACCAGAUUUGCAGCAAGAUGCGGUCACUGCAGGUGGUCGAUUUAUUGAUCUGCUGAACGCAAGUACAGGGGAAAAGAAAUCCUUCUCUAGCUUUACAGCCGCGGAGAGGGCAAUGGGCUGGGCUCGCGGAUCGGUCAGUCGGAAGGUUAUCAUGUCGUCUCAACCUAUAAAUGGAAUGGAGUGGAGGCUACCACGGGAAAAUCUCCAGUCGAGAAAUUUUGCGCAUUCAGCACGGGGGCGGGCAAGGUCAACCUCUUCGAUGGACAGACAUACCAGUAGAGCGUUCACAAUCCCGGAACCUCUUGUGUUUGGGUCACUUCGAGCCGCGCCAGAAAACCGGACACAUCAGUCCGGUGUUGAAGAAAUAGACGUUCGGUCCGGUCGCGUUUUGAAGCAAUUUGAUUCUGCCGAAGAAGCGGAAAUUGCCAGAGGGCUUCGGCCAACCUCUGUACGCGAUGCGCUUUCUCGCAGUUCUCCCCUUGCCGGUGGGUCCUUUUGGCGCCGUGUUUUAGAUACACAAGGGCCUUGUAGAGGACUUAAUGCCAAUGGCAUGUCAGUGGCGAAGAUUUUGGUUCCAGUGGAACAACUGGAAAUUCGGUUUGACGUAGACUUGGUAUUGGGAACGUACAAUUCUAUUGAAGCAGCGGAAAUGGAUCAGGAUGUGAACCCCACUACAAUCCGUGAUGCUCUCUCGCGUGAGUAUCCCCUGGCGAACGGAUUUUUUUGGCGUCGUUUCGGUGAACGGCGCACGCCCGCAUCAUGUCGGAAAACCCAGUCGACUGGAAUCGCCGUGCCCGUUGAGCAGUUGGAUCUUUGUGCAAGCAACGACUAUCGAGUUCUGCGUUCUUUCCAAUCAGUUGAAGAAGCGGAGGAGGAACUGGGUCUUGCCCCAACGACAAUCCGGGAUGCCCUCCAGCGCAAGAAACCGCUGGCUGCGGGGUUCUUCUGGCGUCGUCACGGGGAGACGCGAAGUCCCGAGCAAAUGGUUACAACUCUGCUGGCGAGGACACAAAAUGGUCUAUUGCAGGAAGGAAAUACACCAAGGUCUUUCUCAGUUAGAAAGGCCACGGCGCGAAAGAGUCCGGGUGGGAUGGCUCCAGAGCAAUGUGUUUCUUAGUCUUAUUGUAUUGAAGGACGGUAGACUUACCUUUCUAUAAAGUAAUAAUGCGUGUAUGCUUAG